AUGCCCCCAGAGUUGAAAAACACCUGGACUCCUGCUAUCAAUGUCUUGACCUGGUUCAUGCUGGUGACGACUAUUCUGAGCGUAUUGACUCGUCUAGGGACCAAAUAUUUCAUUUUCCGGAAGUGGACAUUUGACGAUGGCCUUGCAACCGCAUCUGUGGUAUUCUGCAUCGCGCAGUCAAUUGCCGUCUCGGUGGCCACAGGCAAUGGACUUGGACAGCAUGUUGAAAUGCUAUCCGAACACAAAAUUGAAAUCAUCUUGAAGGCUGAAUACUCCGCAACCAUCCUAUUCAUCGCCAGCAUUUGCUUCUCCAAACUAUCGCUGUUGGUCUUCGUUCGCAACUUGACUCCCGCAUCCUUGGAUCGUCGCUUCGCCCUCGUGUUGGGAAUAUUUAUUGGGCUGUGGACUAUUGCCAGUAUUCUUACGGCGAUAUUUCAAUGUAAUAUACCACAGAUCUGGAAUUAUCUACAAGGGACAUGUUUCGAUCGAAGUGCGUGGUGGAAGUAUCUUGGCAUCACAAACAUCUUGUCAGAGGGCGGAAUAAUAGGCCAAGCGCUGUUGGUUAUCGUUCGUAUCCAGACCGAUUUCAGCAGAAAGGCUGGGUUGUCCAGUGUAUUCUUGAUCCGAGUCAUCGUAAUUAUCUCGAUUAUUUUCCAACUCGUUUACGCCAGGCAAACCGCUAGGGGCGAUUUCACCUAUGAUUCCUGGGCCGUCGCGAUUUCUACUCAAGUGGCUCAAACCCCUGCUCCCCCCCAGUUCAAGCCUUUCUUGGAUAGUCUCCAGUCAUCGGGAAUGGGAUUGGGGUUGACGAGCUCCAACAAUUACGGCAGCAAACACAAGACAUAUGGCAUGACCACAUUGAAAACCUUCCGUCGCACUGCGGAUACUCGAAGUGAGACUCAUGAAUUAGUUUCAGUGCCCCACGAAGGGAACGAAGCGAAUAAUCAGACGAUGGUGACCUCCGCUCCAGAUGAGGAUGCCGAAAGCCAAUCCAGUCGGUCUAAUAUGAUUAUGGAGACACGGACGUGGACGGUGACUGAAGGAUUGCCAAAUUGA